UGAUUCACCACUUACUUUAUCAUUAAAAGAGCGAGUAAUAAGAAGUUCCGCGCCAAAGCCAAAGUAUCUACCAUAUUCCUCCUUCCCACCAUUUCUUUGAUUGGCGAUGGCCGUGGCUCUUCCCGGGAUGGCUGCCCUGGGUGUUGGCGCGGGCAUUUUAGCGGUUGUUGGCGCUGUCAAGGCUGCUGGUUUGGUUUCCGAUGCCAUUGGUGGGGUUGUCGAGCUCGUUGGCGGAGCAGGCCGGGCCAUUGGCGAGGCCGUUGGCGGGGCUGCCGAGGCCGCUGUCGGAGUUGGCCGGGCCAUUGGCGAGGCUGUUGGUGGGGCUACCGAGGCCGCUAUCGGAGCUAGCCAGGCCAUUGGCGAGGCCGUUGGCGGGGCUAGCCGGGUCGUUUCCGAGGUUGCUACCACAGUCACGGGAGAGUCUAUUCAAAAAGAUGAUUGUGAGGAAAAACUAAGCGAUUGUGAGAACAGAAAUAGGUGCUUGCAACUUGAGAACAAAAACUGUGAGAUAGAAAAGGCAAUUUGUAAAGCGAGAGUGAAAAGGUUGGAAUCUGCAAAGGAAAAAAGCAAUGUGUUUCUGCUAAAACUCUCGAUAUCGCUCCGUUUGGUGAAGGAGACAUUGAUUAGGAUCACCUAUGACUUUGCUGAUGAAGAAAAGGUUGAAAUUUAUACAAAAGAGAUAGAUGAGUUGGGUGUAGAAUUUGAAUUGGAAGAAGAAUUAAAGGCGGUUUCAAAUGAGUUAAUGGCAGUCACAAACAUUAUGAAAGUGGCUAAAUUGAAAGUGUAUGAGUAUAAAGAAUCAAGGAAGAAGGAAAAGAUCAAAUUGGAAAACAGUGUGGUGAGUUUGACAGAAGAGAAGAAAAAGAUAAAUAGUUUGCUUAAGAUUGCUUUGGUGGAAAUGGAUGCUGCAGAGAUGAGCUUGAGUAGGUUGAAUGAGAACAUUGAGCAAAAAAGGGCGGCCAUUUUACAGAUUGUGGAAAGUGGGUUGCAGAGCGUUGGGUUUGGGAGUGGUGAGAAUUCAUUGGAGAGUUCAAGAACUAAGGUGGAUACUUCUGGAGAUAGUCGUGAGUGUGAAGAGGAGGUUGAAAGCCUGGCAUCAACUGUGGAGAGGAUAAUGAAGAAUUUAAACCUUAAAAUCACUCAAUUGAGGAGAUCUUUGGAAGAUUCUAGGUCAAAUAAUGAGCACCUACAGAGUCUCACAAAGAAACAAGCUCAAGAUAUUGUUGAAAACAUGCUAUAUAUUAAGGAAUUGGAAGAUAGAGAGAGGAUGUUGGGUCAAAAUGUUGAGGGACUCAUGGUGAAAAUAAAAGAAGCUGAAGCAGAGGUUGCUAGAUGGUGGGAAGCUUGUGAAUUAGAAAUUGAAUCUGGGAAACAUGAGAUUGAACAACGUGACAUAGUGGUUGCCAUUCUCACCCAAGAACUAGAGAAAACAAAGACUGAUUUGGACAUAUCAAAUCGCAAAUUAAAUAAAAAAGAAGAACUUGCAGCUGCUGCCCAGGCAACAGCAGAGAUGUCCCUGCAACUGGCUGAUAGCACAGUUACAAGACUCCGCGAGAGGGCAGAAGAGCUGUCAAAACAAUUAGAAGAAGCAGAGAGCCGAUAUCGGAACAGAUACAAGCUCAGACACAUAUGUUGGCCAUGGCAAACACUCAAACUGAGUACUGCUACUAUGAACAAUAGAGUGAAGAAUGUAAAAAGGAUGCUGUCAAGAUGCAAGAAGGAUGCUGUCAAAGUAAAUUCUGCUACUAUGAACAAUAAAGUGAAGAAUGUAAGAAGGAUGCUAUCAAACUGCAAGCCUUGGAGAGCACUCAAACUGAAUACUACUACUAUGAACAAUAGAGUGAAGAAUGUAAAAAGGAUGCUGUCAAACUGAGUACUGCUACUAUGAACAAUACAAUGAAGAAUGUAAGAAGGAUGCUGUCAAAAUGCAAGACUUGCUCCAUUAAUGUCUGAAACACUAUAAUUUAUUUCAAUUCUUUCUUCUUAAGAAACUUUAUUUAUAUUUGUACCUUUUCUUCAAUUUUUUUUUCUUGUACGCUCACA